GGGUGCAGCACAGAGCAGGACGGGGCAGGAGGGUGCACGGGGGGAGCAGGAGGGUGCAGCACGGAGCCGGCUGGCUCAGGAGGGCGCCCGCAGCGCUCAGCCCAGAGCGGGGUCUGCAGCCCCGGGGCAGCCCCGCCGGCCGGGGGAGGAGCUGGGGGCGGCCCCGGGGGCGGCGCUGGGGCCGGGCUGUGCCGGGCCGGGGCUCAGCCGAUGGCGCUGGGGCCGUGGCUGCGCUCGCUGUGCGGCUGCUGCUGCGGCGGAGAGGCGGCGGCGCCCGAGAAGGAGCCUCUGCUCAGCAACAACAACCCCUACGCCUCCUUCGGAGCCACGCUGGCGCGGGAUGAGGAGCAGAACCUGUGGAGCACCCCACACGACGUGACCCAUACGGAGGCAGACGAUGACCGGGUGCUGUACAACAUGAUUGUGGUCAGGAACCAGCUGGACAAGGACUCGGAGGAAUGGCAAAAGCUCAACUAUGAUAUUUAUACCUUACGGCAGACCCGAAAAGAAGUGAGAAACAGGUGGAAACACAUUUUGGAGGAUUUAGGUUUCCAGAAGGAAGCGGACUCCCUCUUGUCAGUGACAAAACUCAGCAUCAUCAGUGACUCUCAGAACAUGGGCAAAGCCCGGGACAUCUUAUUAAAGCUCUCCGAAGAGACAAACAUCUUCCCGACCAGCUGGGAGCUUUCUGAGCGCUACCUCUUCGUGGUGGAUCGGCUCAUAGCUCUGGAUGCUGCCGAUGAGUUCUUCAAGGUGGCCAGCAUGGUGUAUCCAAAGAGACCCAGCGGGGAAAGAGUGGACGAUAGCCAGAAGGUCCCACAGUGCAUCUCUGUUGUGGUGCCCUGAGGAACGUGCCUCGCUGGUGCGAGAUGGGCAGCGGAUUUCUUUCCUGGGACCAGGCUCCUCUGCUGACAGGUUAACACACGUAGCGCCACUCUUGUUUUCCUGCAGAGAAGCAAGAGGGCCGGCAGGAGCGGAGCAAGGAGGUCAGUGAGCUGUGCCCACCAGGACGGCAUGGAAGGGCAGAUGCUGGCCCCCAAGGUCUUCUCAAGCAGAAGGGAGCAAGAACUGCCAUAGCAUAGUCCCGGUGGGAGACCGCUAGCGAGUAGUGUAUGCGAUAGGCACCGGGGUGGAAUUUGCUACGCAAGGCGUUGCUACCGGUAGCUGCAAAAGCUGAGAUGCCUCUAGUUACAAGCACUGCGAGGAGAUGCGCAUUUUCACCUUCUGCUGGUACCUGCCGUUGCCCCUCCUCCUUCGAUCCUCCUAUGCCGGGAGGACCAACAAGGAAGGAAAAAUACCUCAGUUGUCUACAACUCCGUGGCGUUUCUCUGGGCACUGGUCCUCUUCUUCAUCCCCAGCCCACGGCAGCUCCACCGGGCAAGUCCGAGGGGAUUCAUCAAGGAGACAGGAGCUGUGUGUAGCUGGGAGAAGGGUUAAUGCCGGGCGGCAAAGCCUUGGAGCAGUGGUGCAGUUGGGUGCUGUGUCCUCUGCCAUUAGUGGUUUGGAGGUGUUUAUGUCAGGGACACGCAGCCCAACGUCUCAAAAGAAGGUAGAUUUCAGGAAGGUGACGAGGUCAGACCUGCUCAUGAUGCAGCUCCUGUGAUUGCCUCAGACUGGUUGCCCAACAUCUUAAUUCGUUUCUGAAAGUUUUAGUCUUAACUGAAGAAAAAAAGCACUAUAAAGCUGCAUGUCAAUAUAUGCCAUCCCUGCUGUUAAUGAAGACUUUUAAUGAACAUCCUUUAUAUUUUGGGGGUUUUGUCUGAUAACGAGCAAUAAUUUUAAACCACUGGAUUUGAUCAUUGAACAACAAGUGGAACUUCUUCACUGGUUAACAUGUGUGCUGCUAAUUGGCCGGUUGAAAAUACUGGUUACACAGGACCUCCCAAAAUAGCACAACAGAGCUUUUAUUUGUUUAUACCUACAGAGUUUGAAAUAUAUAUAUAUAUUUAUGAAUUGUUUCUGUUUGUGAAUCUUCCUGGGAAACAUUUUUGUCAGCUCAGGACAUCAGUGAGAACUGUAUUUAAUAAACAAAACGCAUUACAGAACCAACCUUUACUCUCUGUAACCCUGUUGGGGUAACAAUAUUUAUCUUGACUGCUGAUAGCAAAAGGGUUGGGAUAUUUGUAGAGCAUGGUCUCCAUACGCUCACAAUUGCCCGUUGACUUGCUCGAGUAGGGUCAUUUGCCAACCCAAGACCAAAGUCUUCGUAGGCGAUGGGGACUGAAUUUCAUGUCAGUGGAUUUGGAGUUAAGUGCCCAUUUCCUAUUGAUUUUUUUUUGUCAUUGUUGCAGAAGUUCGGCUGCA